AGAGCCUCAUCUCUUUCCAGUCUUCACACCUUUCAAAUAUAAAACCCUUCAUUCCCACCCAAAAAUCUACGCUCAACCUCACCUCUUCUACUCUUCUCCCCGGCGCACGUUAGCCACAAUCCCUUCUCUAGAGAGAGUUGGCAUAAUUGUAGAGGGAGAAUGGCGUCAGCGGCGAGGCUAGAUCUGGACGGAAACGCCAUCAAGCCCAUGACGAUUUGUAUGAUCGGCGCCGGAGGAUUCAUAGGAUCGCACCUCUGCGAGAAGCUUAUGGCCGAGACGAUGCAUAAGGUCUUGGCCGUUGACGUCUACAGUGACAAGAUCAAGCACCUUCUCGAGCCGGCUACGCAUCCUUGGUCCGAUCGCAUUCAGUUUCACCGCAUCAACAUCAAGCACGAUUCGAGGCUCGAAGGACUCAUCAAGAUGGCAGAUCUGACUAUCAAUCUGGCGGCGAUCUGUACUCCCGCGGACUACAAUACUCGUCCUCUCGAUACGAUUUACAGCAAUUUCAUUGAUGCCCUUCCAGUGGUGAAAUACUGUUCGGAGAACAACAAGCGUCUCAUUCACUUCUCGACUUGUGAAGUCUAUGGGAAAACGAUUGGGAGCUUUCUUCCCAAAGAUUCACCCCUCUGGCAGGAUCCCACUUACUAUGUCCUCAAAGAAGAUGCCUCCCCCUGCAUUUUUGGUCCGAUUGAGAAGCAGAGGUGGUCCUAUGCCUGUGCAAAGCAAUUGAUUGAGAGGUUGAUUUAUGCUGAGGGUGCCGAGAAUGACCUAGAGUUCACCAUUGUGAGGCCCUUUAACUGGAUUGGGCCCAGAAUGGAUUUUAUUCCUGGCAUUGAUGGUCCUAGCGAGGGCGUUCCAAGGGUUCUGGCAUGCUUCAGUAAUAACCUUCUUCGUCAUGAGCCACUCAAGCUUGUGGAUGGUGGCCAAUCCCAGAGAACCUUUGUUUACAUAAGGGAUGCUAUUGAAGCAGUCUUGUUGAUGAUUGAUAAUCCUGCCAGGGCUAAUGGUCACAUCUUCAAUGUGGGCAACCCCAACAAUGAGGUUACUGUUAGGCAGCUUGCAGAAAUGAUGACUGAGGUUUAUGCAAAGGUAAGUGGGGAACCUUCUUUGGAGGUACCAACUGUGGAUGUAAGCUCCAAAGAAUUCUAUGGUGAGGGAUAUGAUGACAGUGACAAGAGAAUUCCAGACAUGACCAUAAUCAAUAAACAACUUGGUUGGAACCCUAAGACAUCGCUCUGGGAUUUGCUUGAGUCAACCCUCACCUAUCAACACAGGACAUAUGCUGAGGCUAUUAAGCAGGCCAUUGCGAAACCAGUUGCAUCUUGAGAAGGGAAUUCUCACUUGGGGGUGUGGUUGGUCAGUAAGGUGUCCAAUUCUUUGUAAGGAAGCAUUCGAUGUGUCUAAAUGAUUGAUUUUCAUAUACGCUACAAUUUUCUUCUUUUUUGGGUCAUUUCAGGGUCGAUAGUCAAUAGUGCUCCCAGUUGCAGGAAUGUGGGCAUCUAGUAUCUAUUUUGAGAAAGUAGACUUUAUUAGGAAAUUAUUCAUUAUGUCACUGUAUGUUGUCAGUAGCUGGGCUACGAGUUACGACACAUUGGGGAAAUUAUACAAGGAAAGCCUGUUUUCUGUUUCUCAAGGAGUUUGCUUCGUCAUUACUCCAUUUUGUCUCUCCAAGGGUGUGCUGUAUUAUUUAUUUUGUUUGACCA